AACUCACCUGCAAACAGCAAGCAAGCAACCAACUCUUCAAUAUAACAGCUGCAAGAUGUCACAAAUCAGUCAAGCUCUCUUCAGUGCACAAAUGAUCACUCUCCUACUGUGCAGUUUCAAUCUAUUCACUACUACAGCUGCUCCGAUACAACUAGUCGUUGACCCAGCCAUCAUCGAAACAGAAUUAAACACAUGGGCAAAUUUCACUUGUACUCUCUCUUGCGAAUUCAAAGAUGACUUCAGGAUUAGAUGGUUUGCUGGAGAUACUACCCUCCGAGGCAGACUAAUUCGACAUGGCAACCCAUCAAGAGUUAUCGAAGAAGAUGACACCUGUGGAAUCCCCGGCACAGAAGGGAAAUUCUGGCAAAUACUACGCAUACGAGUGGAUUCGAUAGACCUUAACAAGACCCCCGUACAGUGCACGGCCUCGCCUAAGACCAGUCAAAACACAGUCCACUUCAGCUCCUACUCUGUGCUGAAAGUAAAUGCUCCAGUACCGGAGGUUGAAACAACUGUACCUGUACCUGACUGCAAGCACACUACACAAGCCAAUGAUGAGUCCGUGACAGCAGCCCCUCAAGCCCAAACUACAAAGUCAUCAGAACCAGGCAUGGUAAUUAACGCAGCAAGUUCACUGUCGUCAGUAGUGAUGACAACUCUGCUCGGACUACUAAUACAGAACCUCUGCUCAAAUUUAUAGCAUUUUGUUUGUGGCACUACUUUAUCGUGUAUCGUUUUGUAGCUUGUUCACUGUGUUUAUCACUUUUUACCCACAUCCUUAGAGCAAAUCAUUUCUGCACAAUCAAUAAAUUAUUUGGCAGAUCAUUAUCUAUUCAUCACUAUAAUUAUUGCCAGCCAAAAAUUUUCAACAAUAAAA